AUGCUUACAUAUGGAUAUGAUGCUGUUCUUCCAAUGGAAAUGACCAUAAGGUCUAUAAGGGUGGCUUUCCAAAAUAGGCUCACUCUAGUAGAUUACAACCAUGCUAUGUUGGUGGAAUUGGAAGAUCUUGACGAAGUCCGUCUUAAUGCUUUAGACCAUAUUAUUGCUCAAAAGAAGAAAGUCAUACGGUUAUACAACAAGAAGGUCAAGGCAAAGAUAUUUGUUGAUGGGGACCUGGUAUGGCAAGUCAGAUUUCCACUAGGAGUUAAAGACAAGGAAUAUGGAAAGUGGACCCCUAAUUGGAAGGGUCCUUACUUGGUGGAAUGA